AUGUCGUGUAAGGGUGUGUACAUGCUCCUCUUCGUCGGCCUAUUUUUGGCCUUUUCGGAAGCUCAAAUGGGACUUCUUGGCGGCCGAAGGCGAAUGUCGAGAGAAAGACUAGAUUCUCAGGAAAUCCAGGAGCUGGUUAGGGCUGCUCUUAAAUCCUCCAGUCCUUGCUCCGAACUAGUGGAAAUUGUCGAUGGGACUGUGCAGAUCGUCAGCGGCAUAAAGUACCAAUUCAGCGUAAGAACAGCUCCAAAAAGUUCGUGCGGUUUUGCUGAUGAAGGCAACCCCGUCUCCAGACUGAUGAUUUACCUGCCAGCUGGUCGAGGCUCCAGGCCAGUCUACUCCACCGCUUAA